GUAAAGAAAAUUCCAAUUUCUUCACAUCAAAAUCAGCUGUGAACAUCAGUAUGGCCGCUCAUGUAACUAAAAAAUAAAGUUUUUGUAAAAUCAUCCCAAAAAAAUAGGAAAGUGCAGUUUUCGUACUUACAUCGUGUAAUUGUGAAUAAGAACUGUGUCGGUGUUGAUGUUGACUAAAAACUGUUGCGUCAUGACAGAAACCUCUCACUGACAAACAAAUACAAUAAAAAUUGCUUUGGGCAUAUUACGGCAACCUAUUGUAAUUUCUAUUUCUCUCGUGCGUGGUAUCUGUUGGCGAUCGGGUGGAUGUUUUAUGUAAAUCAUUCGUUUGCAAUAUAAUGAGUAGUGUUCGACUGAGUAUCGUGUCGGUGGGCAGGAUUGCCGUGAGGAGAAAUUCUCAGAUCACAAGCAGUAUCCAAUCAUGCCGAGCACUCAGACGCAGCCCGCGCUCGUUCAGCACAUGCGCGAUCCUCUACAAGAGUCCCACCGACCAGCCGCCGGGCCCGCCUCAUCAUCCACCUAAAGAUGCCGUCAACAAUACAGGUUCAUCCGGCGGCAAAAAGUCCGGUUCAGGCAACGGCGUGCUGACGUGUCCCAAAUGCGGCGACCCCUGCACCCACGUGGAGACGUUCGUCAGCUCCACUCGCUUCGUCAAGUGCGACAAGUGCCACCACUUCUUCGUGGUGCUUAGCGAGGUCGACACCAAGAAGAGCAUCAAGGACAACGCCGAAAACAAGUCUGGAUUCUACAGGAAACCCCCGCCACCCCCGAAGAAGAUAUUCGAAUACCUAAACAAGCAUGUGGUAGGACAGGAGUACGCCAAAAAGGUCCUAUCCGUAGCUGUGUACAACCACUACAAGAGGAUCUACAACAACGUCACAAGUGGAACACCCAACGAUGCCCACCAUCCUUUACAUCACACGCACCGUGAUCUCUUACACCUGAGCCACAGCGCGGGCGGUGGCGGAGGCGGCACAGAAAUCCUGGAGAGACAGCAUCAUGAGCUGAAACUUGACAAGAGCAAUGUUCUGCUUCUGGGACCCACUGGAUGCGGUAAAACCCUCCUAGCGCAAACGAUAGCGCAAUGCCUGGACGUUCCGUUCGCGAUUUGCGACUGUACCACUCUCACGCAGGCGGGCUACGUCGGCGAGGACAUCGAGAGCGUCAUCGCCAAGUUGCUACAGGACGCAAACUUCAACGUGGAGCGAGCACAGACGGGUAUAGUUUUUCUCGACGAAGUAGACAAAAUUGGUGCCGUGCCCGGUAUUCACCAACUGAGAGAUGUCGGAGGCGAGGGUGUCCAACAAGGCAUGUUGAAGAUGCUAGAAGGCGCAGUGGUGUCGGUCCCGGAGAGGAAUUCGCGCAAACUUCGCGGCGACGCCGUGCAGGUCGACACCACCAACAUACUAUUUGUGGCCAGCGGCGCUUACAAUGGACUCGACAGACUAGUCCAGCGGCGCAACAACGAGAAGUACCUCGGGUUCGGCGCGUGGGACUCGCGGUCGGGGCGGCGCGCGGCGCUGCAGGCGGCCGCGGCCGACGCCAGCCCGCUCGACUCCGCGCUCGCGGAGAGCGAGGAGCGCGACGCCUGGCUGCGCAAGGUGCAGGCGCGGGAUCUCAUCGACUUCGGCAUGAUCCCGGAGUUCGUGGGCAGGUUUCCGGUGCUAGUUCCCUUCCACAGCCUCAACCAGGAUCUCCUCGUCAGGAUACUCACCGAGCCCAAAAACGCUAUGGUGUCACAAUACAAGCUGCUGUUCGCGAUGGACAAGUGUGAGCUGUCGUUCAGCGACGACGCGCUGCGUGCGGUCGCGGCGCUCGCCAUGGAGCGCAAGACGGGCGCGCGGGGGCUGCGGGCCAUCAUGGAGAACCUGCUGCUGGAAGUGAUGUUCGAGAUCCCGGGCUCGGACAUCCAGUCCGUGCACAUCCACGACGGCUGCGUGGCGCGCGCGGAGCCGCCGCGCGUGCGCCGCCGCGACCAGCGCCAGGAGCGCGACCUCGACGACUGGCCCUCGAAUUUGAAAGAGUGCAUAAAAACCACCGCGUUCGGACCGCGAACUACAAACAAUUACAAUUACUAGAGGAAUGUCGAUGACGACGAUAUCAGAACCAUCUGUCACUCAGUACGCGCUGUGAACGAGCACAGGUAUGGUGGUAACAAACAGACAAACCAACAAACAUCGAAUCGUUCCUUGAAAGCAAAGUUGACUUAUCCAUUGUGAGUUUUCAACUUCCCAUUUGAGCUGUGUACUACAUAUAACAGAACGUGUCCUAAAUCUUUAAAUAUGUUUUUAUUAUAAUUAUGCAAAGUGAUAUUUUUACAAUGCGAAAAAUGAAAGAAAACUAAGAAAGUAGGCUUACCCCAGAAAACGUUUGUCGUGUUUGAUUGUUGUAAAAAAAUACUCCUACUUUAUUGAAAUUUAAAUUCGUAAGUAAACAUGAAAUAUGAAGGAAUCCAGUGGUAUAGAUAAAUCAUAAGCAUCGUGUGCGGUAAUUUUUAGGUAUUUUAAACUAGCAACAUAUUUUUAUUUUUGUUCUAGUUCAAUAAUUUGAAAUAAAUAUGACUGAUUAACCAAUAUAUUAUCUUGUAUAAAGUCUGACGAGAUUAAAUGAAAAUUAAAUUUGGUAUCACAUAUUUGAAUGUUAAAAAAAAAUAUGUUUUAGUAAUAUACUGUCGUAAUGUUUUUUUAAAUCUUUGAAGUUAAUUUUUUGGGUCUUGUGAGAUGAAAAAUGUAUAAAGCUUGUGCGUUUCAGCAUAGCCUAGAUAAAAUAAUAUCAAAUUGUAGUUAUAAAAUAAGGGUUAGCUGAUAGAAACGCAAGUACGUGUAGGCAACACAUGUACAAAAUUUCGAGUCAGUAUAUUUUUAUAGACUUAAACUUAAUUUACAUGAGAAUAAUUAAAAAAAAAACUCUUGGCCUUUCUCCGAUAACAUCUCGUUUUGAUGAUUAUCUUCUUAUUGAAAAAGUAAAAAUAAGGAGUGUCCUAUAAAAAUUUAAUCGAAAAUUGAAAGUAACGUAUUUAAAAAGUAAUAUAAAACGCGAAUAAAAAAAAAAUUGCAAUGUUACUUCAAGAAUGCGUGCAGUUAAAUUGUGUAAAUUUUCGAGUGUAGAGAGACAUUCCUUGGACACUUAACUUCAAUAGGUUUUAGACAAUUAUUACAUAGAUUGUAGUAGUAGAUAUUCUCAAAACUACAAUGUGCCCUUAAAGGUAUAUUCUUCGUAGAUUUAGUUUCAGAAAAACGUGAUCUUACUGGUAGUUCCUUGCAUUAGUUUAUGUUAAAAUAAAAAAUAAUUAAAAUUAUAAUGUUGUAUCGUCCCAAGCCACCAUACAACAUUGCUCUUGUGAUGUAAAUUACUGUAAAUAAUAAAUAAAUAUAAUAGAAAAAAUCUUAAUAUUAAGGUCUAAAUAAAUUAGGUUUGUUUUUCUUGACUAAGUUGUAAGUACGAAGAAUUACACAAAACUGUAUUUUUCAGGUUAUUUUUUACUACAAAAAGUUUUCUCGCUGCAAUUGACGUUUUGACAUUUGUUGAUUAUUAUUAUUAUUAUACAAAAAUAUUUUUUAUGUAAAAAUGUAAAGUUGUAGUGUGAUUAUCAAAGAAGUACAUUUAGAAGUUUAACAAAUAUGAGUCGAUAUGAUCGAUGGAGAAAUUUAAAAUGGGAUGUAUUUAUUGUAGUUGUGUUGGAGUGAAAAUUAAAUGUUUUGUAAUCACAUUGCAACUGGCGUAAAUAGUAUAAGCCUAUUUUCAAAUAAAAAGUAAAACCAA